UUACAUUGAGAACGAACGACUUAAAAUGAACGACUGGAGAGAGGACGGGGGCAAAGCCACGCUCGUCUGAACAUCGUGACGGCGGCACGGACACAACCAUCCUUAUAGGUUUCACUUCACUUUCGGAUCAACGACGGCGAGGCUGCAUAUCAAACCCUUGACAAUCGCCCGAUUGAGCUGCAUUUAUCGACAUGUAACACGAGAUAUUCCUACCUCACAUCCCCUAUCAUCAGGCACGGAGACCCUUUGGGUCUAGACUCAGGCAAUGUUGUGGUUACUGCGCCCGUCCGGUCUCCGGCUCGGACGAUGGGGUUUGUUGGUUGUUGGUCUUUCGGUCUAUGAUUUAUGGGCUUUGUAGACAUUCCACAUGGUAUGUAUAAUCAACUAAAACCUGAUGACGAAGUCUCCAAACAGAAUCAAUCAAGCCCAGCCAUAGUCACAAGGCAGACUUGAGGGCUUCCAAGUUGUUCGCAUCAGGUGAUUUGCACUGUAUCAAAUCUCUAGACCUCUCACAUAUAGGCGGACGACGGAGCGGCUGAGCAUGAGCCACACCAAUUCCAAGCGGCAAGGCGCCCAGGAUCUGACUGACUGCCAGCUGGAUAAGGCUCUGCGGAAGAAAGUCCAUUUCCUUCUUCUAUCAACUUUCUGAAAGCACAUCAGAACAUCUAAUUAAUACAGCAUACAUCUUCGACAGGGACGCGCUUGAACACUUAUGAUGCCCCCGGUCUUGCGAUCACACCGGAAGCGGAUGGCAACCGAUGAAUUACAGGAAGAACGCUCCAUUCCACCGCCGCCGUCCGCUAGGGUUCCCCAAGUCCUGGUUAACAGUGACCGGAACCAGAUCCUAGAACUUGCCGUUGCCAACGAUGCCGUGGCAGAAACACCUCAGCGGACUUCCCUUGGACUAUCGCAGGACCGUCAGUUAGUAAUCCAGUCUUCGACAACCAACAAUGUAGUCAGCACGUAUGUCCCACCCCGACGUCCAGCCAAACGGAGCGACUUCAGCAUUGCCAUCAUCUGCGCGCUCCCAUCAGAGGCCACUGCCGUGGACGCUGUCUUCGACGUCUACUGGGAUGACGAGGGUCCACCUUACGACAAAGUUGCCGGUGAUCCCAAUGCGUAUACCACCGGUGCCAUUGGUCGUCACAAUGUUGUUCUCGCACACAUGCCGGGGAUAGGGAAAGUCGGCUCUGCGCUGGUGGCAUCCAACUGCAGGCACAGUUUCCCCAACAUCAAGCUCGCACUUGUUGUGGGGGUCUGUGGCGGCGUCCCUUUUAGCUCUACACAUGAUGUCAGCACAGAGAUUAUACUUGGCGAUGUUAUUAUCAGUGAUGGGAUCAUUCAGUACGAUUUAGGACGACAGUAUGAUGAUCACUUCGAAAUCAAGGCCGGGCUUUUGGAUACUCUCGCCAGGCCCAGUUUAGAAGUACGCUCUUUUCUCUCGCAACUGAAGGUCCCGCGGCAGAGGAAGAUGCUUGAAGAGGAAAUGGCCAAGAUCAUGUCGGUCCUGUCGGUCCUGCCCGCCCAGUCGGGCCUGUCUACCCAAUAUCCAGGCGCAGCAAAGGACAAGCUUUAUAAGGCAACCUACAGCCAUAUCCGCGAAAAGGAGUUGUGCGAGACCUGUGGGUGCGACGACGAAUUAGUGACACGCGAGAGGCUCGGCCAUGAAACUCCGCAUCCUAUGGUUCACCUGGGUAUCAUGGCUUCAGGCGACAACGUCGUGAAAUCAGCACCAUAUCGCGACAAGAUUGUGGCGGAAUCGAAAUUGAAAUUGGAGGCGAACAUCAUAGGGUUCGAGAUGGAAGGAGCAGGAGUUUGGGACACCUUCCCUUGUAUUGUGAUCAAGGCUGUCUGUGACUAUGCGGACAGUCACAAGGCGAAAGGAUGGCAGCCAUACGCAGCUGCUACCGCCGCCGCGUGUAUGAAAGCAUUCUUGAAGAAAUGGACUCCUUCUCCUUCUCCUCAGGACGAUACCUUUUCUGUUCCAUACCCACGGAACAAUAACUUCGUUGGUCGGUCAGAUAUUUUAGCGACGCUACAUCAACUGUCGUGCAACUCCACCUCACAGACCCGAGUUGCUCUCUGCGGUCUUGGGGGCAUCGGGAAAACACAAAUUGCCAUCGAGUUCACAUAUCGGAUCCAGCGUACUUACCCCAACAUAUCAGUCUUUUGGGUCCACGCAAGCAACCACGAGCGGUUCCGUGAAGCAUACACUGCUAUCGCACAGAAAUACCGGAUCCCCGGGCAUGGAGAUCCCAAAGCAAAGGUGCUGCCAUUGGUAAAGAGCUGGUUAGAAAGCCAGGAGUGUGGUCAGUGGAUCAUGGCAAUCGAUAAUGCUGAUGAUCUGGAGCUUUUCUUCAACAGAAAUGAUGGAUUGGGACGCUACCUUCCAGAGUGUGCGCACGGGACUAUCCUCAUCACCACAAGAAACCUGCAGGUCGCCUCCAGGCUAACAAAAGGAAUGGCCUCGUCCGUUAUUAGGAUCGGAAAGAUGGAUGAAGUCGAGACAGCCCAGUUGCUCUCAACACGGCUUGCAGAAAUCGACACGAUGCCUGGGGAUUAUGCAGGACUUUCUGCUCGGCUUGAGUAUCUACCAUUGGCACUGGUUCAGGCGGCUUCGUUCAUCCAAGAGAACAGUAUCACGAUCUCUCGAUACAUCCAACUCCUGGACGAGAGCGACCAGACUCUUAUCGAUCUACUUAGUGAAGACUUUGAAACGGUCGGGAGAGACUCGGAAACUCCUCGCGCAGUAGCAGAGGCUUGGAUUAUCUCUUUUAAGCAAAUUCACAAUCGGAACACCCUCGCAGGCGAGCUUCUUUCAAUCAUGAGUUUCCUCGAUCGCCAGACCAUUCCCUACGAAUUUCUUUUCACGUACGCCAAAGACCACGGUGCAGGAGAGCUUCAGCUCAUCAAGGCACUAGGGGUACUAAAAGCGUUUUCAUUUGUCACUGAAGACAAAGACCAGAAAUUUGAUAUGCAUCAACUCGUGCAUUUGGUCACUCGAAAAUGGCUGGUUCAGAACGGCAUAAAGCAAAAAUUCGCCGAGCGGGCACUCUUGGUCGUGACUGUGUGUUUCCCGUGGGGGGAGUACAAGAAUUGGACUAUAUGCAACGCAUACCUCCCGCACGCCACUGCUGUGUUAAAACUAGGAGAAGACAUCUCCUCAAGACAAGGAAAGCUGGCGAGAGCAAGACUUCUUCAUUAUGCGGGCGCGCUUUUUUCUGGACGGGGAGAUUACCAGAGCGCGGUAUUGUACCAGAAAGAAGUGUGGGAGAUCAAUCAAGCCCACUUGGGCGAAGAGCACCCAAUCACAUUAACCAGUAUACACAACCUAGCAUUAACAUACCAGUCACAAGGCCGGUGGAAGGAGGCCGAAUUACUACAGCUGCAAGUACUGGAAAUUGCAAAGAGGGUUCUAGGAGAAGAACAUCCCGAUACAUUGGCUAGUAUGAACAACCUAGCAUUAACAUACCAGUCACAAGGCCAGUGGAAGGAGGCCGAAUUACUACAACUGGUUCUAGGAGAAGAGCAUCCCGACACACUGGUGAGCAUUCACAACCUUGCAUAUACUUGGAAGGUCAUGGGCCGCCUUGAGGCAGCUGUAGAGUUGAUGCAGGAGUGUGUUCGCCUCCGUCAGAAGGUCUUGGGCUCGGAUCAUCCCGAUAGCGUCGAAAGUUCGUCGGCACUGGAAGAAUGGCAGGGUUUGAGAGGCGAAGGCGGUGGCAACGGGAACACACACGGCAAUUCUGAGGCAAACGCUGCAAUGAAGAGCGGUGAGAACGCCGGUGGGAGCAGCAGUCACCACGAAGACGUCGAUAACGGCACGGAUGACGAUGCUGGUCACGAGGGCAACGAGCACGGGAACAAUAAGGCUGGCCAGAGCUCAGAAUCUCAGCAUUGUCAGGCCACCAGGGAUGGGGAUGAGAAAGGCAACAUCGGGGACGGAAUCCAAGAUGGCGAGGGGCGGCGCAGCAGCGAAGAUGGGAACACAGUUGAGGCUGACGAAAGUGGAUAUGGGCCUGAGCCAGAACGUUUCUAG